AUGGAGUGCAAUGUCGUUACCUCGCCAGUUGGCGAUAAUAACCCUGGCAUCGACUAUUUCGACCCCACUGGCGUAGCUGAACUCAGGCGGACCCUGUCGGCAUCCAUCCCUGUUGCCCAUCAUCAUCAUAGCAUCCCGGACCAGCCGCCUUUGUCAACUCAGGAUCAUCUGGGCCAUCGUGACGGGGAGCGAUCGAAUAAGGUACCCACACACUCAAUUGCAGCAAGUUCGAAUGAAACGACAGUCGCUUUCGAAGGCAUUACCGACAAUGCAGAACGCCAGGACGAUCGAGAGCUAGAAUUCGACUUCGACUUGGCCCUCCAAGACUACAUUGUCAGACGCGAGUCGGCUGGCAUCGAACCUCGAGUCCUUGGGGUUCUGUUCGAAGAGCUUGAAGUCAUUGGAUUGGGUGCAUCAGCUCGCCACCAACCUACGUUAGGCUCGUUAUUCAACCCCAUGGAGAUUUGGAGAGGAAUUCAGAAGAAGAGACACCCGCCCUUGAAGAGUAUCAUCAGUGGAUUCGAAGGUGUCGUUCGUCCCGGCGAGAUGUUACUGGUACUCGGUCGCCCAGGUGCUGGGUGCAGUACGCUUCUCAAGACGCUCACUAACCAAACGGAUUCUUUCCACGCCAUCAACGGGGACGUCGCAUUUUCUUCUCUUACGCCAGACUUGCUCGCGUCAAGAUUUCGAGGCGAUGUGCAAUAUAUACCCGAGGACGACCUACACUUUCCUACUUUGACAGUAGAGGAGACGAUCCGAUUUGCGGCAAGAUGUCGAGCACCCGCUGGUGCAGCUCGAGUACCUAAAGGAGGUCCCGAAGGGGAAGCCGAGGGUCCAGCAAGAAACCAUAUCAUCGGUGCACGCACUAGGGAAGAAUACGAGAAGACAUUAACCGAGGUUUAUUUGGCGCUGUUUGGGUUGAGGCAUGUUAGAGACAGCGUCGUCGGCGAUGAGAAGUUGAGAGGAGUAAGUGGAGGGGAGAAGAAGAGGGUUUCGAUUGCCGAGGCCAUGGCUGCAAGGGCGUUAGUUUCUGCCUGGGAUAAUUCGACCAGGGGAUUGGACUCAUCUACCGCUCUGUCGUAUUUGAUGGCAUUGAGAGUCGCAACCACACAUUUGCAAAGAACGACCAUGGUCUGCUUGUACCAAGCCAGCGACGCAAUGUACGCGUUGUUUGAUAAGGUGUGUCUUAUCUAUGAAGGCAGAAUGGUGUAUUUCGGACCAGCGAAGGAGGCCAAGUCGUAUUUUGAAGGAAUGGGAUGGAAAGCGAGGAAUAGGCAGAGUGUUCCUGAUUUCUUGGUCAGUGUGACCGAUGCAGAGGCGAGGGUAAUGAAGGGCGCCGACGAGAUGGCGAGAGAGGGAGAAGCCCACGAAAAGCACGAAGUGCAUCAUCAGGCUGGCAUUUUGGAGCCUCCCAGUACGCACAUCCAAGCAAGCAUUGACUCGGAAAAGAAGGCAACGGCUGGCGCGCAGUUGGAAGGCUCUAUUCCGCCUAGCGCGAGCAGCGUUGACGGACCGGGCCAUAUCAAUGUCGGAUCCGCACUACCGCUCAUUCGACCACCUAUUCCGAAGACUCCUGCAGAGUUCGCGACCUAUUAUUUCUGCUCCGAUGUGGCGAGACGGAACUUGCAGGACAUGAAUGCGUUUAGGAAGGAGUGCGGAUUGAAGCCGAGGGCUCCUCAAGCUCAGAUGCGGGGUUGCGAGAAGGGUCUUGCAGCCAAUGAGAGCGAGGUCGCGCACGGCACAGGAGCACCGACCGGUGUUUCUACGUUCAUGACAUCUGUGCCUGCACGGUCGGCAUCAAAAUUAUCAGGCGGCACUCGUCAGGACGACGCUGCUUCGGUUUCUGGUGCUUCCCAUUACCCACCUGGUUCUAAACACCCUCAAUCCCAAGCAUACAAGCAAAGUGCCGUUCGGGAACAUGCGAGGCGCUCAAGAAGAGGCUCGCCGUAUGUGUUAAGUAUACCGAUGCAGCUAGAGGCCGUAAUGAAAAGAAGGGUGCAGAUUGUGAGAGGCGAUUGGGUAACCCAGGCGCUGACGACUGGGACGUUUGUCUUUCAGGCAGUUAUUAUUGGUACCGUGUUCGUGAACACACCCGAAGCCACGGGCUCGUAUUUUUCUAGAGGUGGUGUGCUAUUUUUCGCGCUGUUCCUCCCUGCAUUAUUCACAAUGUCGGAAAUCCCCUCCCUGUUUAAUCAGAGGCCCAUAGUGCGACGCCAUGAACGGGCGGCUAUGUAUCACCCCAUGAUCGAGGCUCUAGCAAUGACCAUUGUGGAUAUCCCCGUAACCAUCAUUACUACAUUAAUUUACUCCGUCGUCCUCUACUUCCUUGCUGGCUUGCAGCGAUCGGCCGGACAGUUCUUUAUUUUCUUUCUGUUUGUCUUCGUAAUCUACUUGUCCAUGAAGGCGUUCUUCCGUGCGCUCGCCUCUGCGUUCGCCGUGGAAGCACCCGCUCAAGCCAUCGCUGGGGUCAUGCUACUCGCUCUUUCCCUGUAUACCGGGUUUCAAAUCCCAAUCCCUUCAAUGAUAGGCGCCUUGAGGUGGAUUUCUUAUAUCAACCCAAUUCGAUACGCUUUCGAAGGCGUUAUGGUCAAUGAAUUUCAAACAUUGGACGGACAAUGCUCGAAUUUGGUCCCUUCAGGUAUGGGAUAUGACGGCGUGCCCGUAGACAAUCGAGUUUGCACCGCCGUCGGAAGCGUCGCCGGACGGCUGACCGUUGAUGGGAAUGCCUUCGUGAGGAUCAGCUUCGGCUAUAACUAUGGCCAUCUCUGGAGGAACUUUGGAAUCCUUUUAGCGUUUACCAUUGGGUUCAUACUCGCGCUGCUUGUAUUCACUGAAAUACAGACGACCACUGCACGAGCCAGCGGUGACGUUGUUCUCUUUAAGUCAGGCUCUGAACUAGCCAUGUUGAAGGAAGCGGAGGCAGCUAUAGGCGAUGACGAAGAGAAGGAUACACCCGCCAGUAGGGAUAGGGUUGCUACGGUCCCUGGGGAAUCUGGUCAUCCCCAGCGCGCAGAUGAGGGGAAGACAUUAUCACACACGCAACCGAAGAUGGCUGACAUCUUCUCGUGGUCACACGUUCGGUACACGAUCCCUAUCGGCAACCAUGAACAUAGAAUACUUCUGGAUGACGUAUCCGGAUAUGUUGUGCCCGGCAAGCUAACGGCUUUGAUGGGAGCUUCCGGCGCUGGAAAGACCACACUGCUGAAUGUUUUGGCGCAAAGGACGGACACCGGGGUUGUCUCUGGAGAUCGCUACGUCAACGGGCAGUCUCUUCCCCACGACUUCCAGGCGCAAACAGGUUACUGUCAACAGAUGGAUACACAUGUGCCCACUACUACUGUUCGCGAAGCACUAAGAUUUUCGGCGAGAUUACGGCAACCAGCCUCGGUAUCUACGGCAGAUAAAGACGAAUAUGCCGACAAAUGCUUGAAGAUGUGUGGACUAGAAGAGUUUGCAGAUGCAAUGGUAGGGACACUAGACGUGGAGCAUAAGAAACGGACGACAAUUGGCGUGGAGCUUGCAGCCAAGCCGAGACUGCUUCUUUUCCUCGACGAGCCUACUUCUGGUUUAGACUCCCAAAGUGCUUGGGCUAUCGUUGCUUUCUUACGCGAUCUAGCUGACAACGGACAGGCCAUACUAUGCACGAUUCAUCAGCCGUCCGCUGAACUUUUCCAGGUCUUCGACCGCCUUUUACUUCUGCAAUCUGGCGGGAAAACAGUUUAUUUUGGCGACACUGGGAACAAUGCUACGACAAUCAUUAACUACUUUGAGACUAAUGGAGCAAGGCAGUGCAAACCUGGCGAAAAUCCAGCCGAAUACAUGCUCGAAGUCAUUGGCGCAGGAGCUACCGCCAUCUCCGACCGCGAUUGGAACAAAAUAUGGAUAAAAACAGAAGGCGCAAAACGCUUGGAAGCCGACCUUGACAAAAUUCAUUCGGACGGCCGCCAGUAUCCCUCCGUUGACGCGACAGUACCCUCAAGUUAUGCCGCUUCGUUCACUUACCAAUUGACAGAGCUCACCAUACGUCAAUACGUCAGCUACUGGCGAAACCCGGCGUACUUGAUGUCCAAGUUCACCCUCAACAUCACCGCCGGCCUCUUUAUUGGGUUCUCGUUCUUCAAUGCGGGGGACUCUCAGCAGGAUACUCAAAACAAGCUCUUCUCAAUUUUCAUGGCCACCGUUAUGAGUUCGCCCCUAGCCAGUCAAAUGCACGUACCUUACAUCCAAUCACGAGACAUUUUCGAAGUUCGCGAAAGUGCAAGUAGGAUGUAUUCCUGGGCUGCUUUGCUAACUGCCCAGAUCCUCGUCGAAAUUCCGUGGAAUAUCUUCGGCUCGACUUUGUUCUAUCUCUGCUGGUACUGGACCGUCGGGUUCGAUAGUAGUCGAGCAGGAUACACCUAUCUCAUGUUCGGUGUGUUGUUCCCUUGUUACGUUACGACCAUCGCUCUGGCGGUUGGAAGCAUGGCUCCUUCGGCUGAGAUUGCUGGCCUCUUGUUCGGGUUUUUGUUCUCUUUCGUCAUUACCUUCAACGGUGUUAUGCAGCCAUUCGCUCACCUCGGAUGGUGGAGAUGGAUGUACCAUCUGUCCCCAUAUACGUACUUGAUUGCAGGGACACUUGGACAAGCCAUCGGACAUCAAGAUAUGGUCUGCUCAGAGAAGGAGAUUGCUAUUGUGAACCCUCCUUCCGGAAAUACCUGCGCUCAAUACUUCCUGAAUUAUAUCGCGAAUAAUGGCGGAUAUCUCAAUAAUCCCGACGCCGCAUCUGCUUGCCAAUUUUGCUCUACCCGCACCACGGACGAAUACCUCGAAAGGACCUUCAACAUUCAGUACUCGCAUCGAUGGAGGGACGUCGGCAUAUUCUGCGCCUUCAUUGUGUUUAAUACCAUCGCGGCCUAUACAUUCACGUAUAUGUUCCGCGUCCGUUCUGGCAGCUUGUUGGGUUCCAUCAGGAAAAGGUUAUCAUCUCGACAGUGA